UGCGCACUGCAAGCGUUUCCAGCGUGAGUGGAGGGAAUCCGCGUAGCCGGUGUUUGCUGGGCCAAAAAACGAUGGACGUGGGAGAACUUCUCAGCUACCAGCCCAACAGGGGCACCAAACGUCCCCGGGAUGAUGAAGAAGAAGAGCUGAAAACACGCCGGCGACAGGCUGCCCCCCGAGAACGUGGCCGCUACCGGGAAGAGGAAAUGGCUGUCGUAGAAGAAGCAGAUGACGACAAAAAAAGGCUGCUGCAGAUUAUUGACAGAGAGGGCGAGGAGGAAGAGGAAGAGGAGGAACCACUGGAUGAGAGCUCCGUGAAGAAAAUGAUCCUCACAUUUGAAAAGAGAUCGUACAAGAACCAAGAGCUGCGGAUUAAGUUUCCAGACAAUCCAGAGAAGUUCAUGGAAUCCGAGCUCGACCUCAAUGACAUCAUCCAGGAGAUGCACGUGGUGGCCACCAUGCCAGACCUGUACCACCUGCUGGUCGAGCUGAAUGCAGUGCAGUCUCUUCUCGGGCUGCUUGGACACGAUAAUACAGAUGUGUCCAUAGCAGUGGUGGAUUUGCUGCAGGAGUUCACAGACAUCGACACCCUCCAUGAGAGUGAAGAGGGGGCGGAAGUCCUCAUCGACGCUCUGGUGGACGGGCAGGUAGUCGCGCUGCUGGUGCAGAAUUUGGAGCGCCUGGACGAAUCCGUGAAAGAAGAAGCAGAUGGGGUCCACAAUACUCUGGCUAUUGUGGAAAACAUGUCUGAGUUCCGGCCCGAGAUGUGUACAGAGGCAGCCCAGCAGGGCCUUCUGCAGUGGCUGUUGAAGAGGCUGAAGGCAAAGACGCCUUUCGAUGGCAACAAACUGUAUUGCAGUGAAGUGCUGGCCAUACUGCUGCAGAACAGUGACGAAAACAGGGAAUUGCUCGGGGAGCUGGAUGGAAUCGACGUGCUUCUUCAGCAGUUAUCGGUGUUUAAAAGACACAAUCCCAGCACGGCUGAGGAGCAGGAGAUGAUGGAGAAUCUGUUUGAUGCACUCUGCUCCUGCCUGAUGCUCAGUUCCAAUCGGGAGCGUUUCCUGAAGGGAGAGGGGCUUCAGCUGAUGAAUCUCAUGCUCAGGGAAAAGAAGAUUUCCAGGAGCAGUGCCCUGAAAGUGCUGGACCACGCCAUGAUUGGCCCCGAGGGCACGGACAAUUGCCACAAGUUUGUGGACAUCCUUGGUUUGCGCACCAUCUUUCCCCUGUUCAUGAAAUCUCCCCGGAAGAUCAAGAAAGUGGGGACCACGGAGAAGGAGCACGAAGAGCAUGUCUGUUCAAUCCUGGCCUCCCUCCUGCGGAACCUGAGAGGGCAGCAGCGGACCCGGCUGCUGAAUAAAUUCACCGAAAACGACAGCGAAAAGGUUGACAGGCUGAUGGAGUUGCAUUUUAAGUACCUGGAUGCAAUGCAGGUGGCUGACAAGAAGAUCGAAGGGGAAAAACACGACGCGGUCCGGCGCGGCGAGAUCCUGGACAAAAGCACAGAUAACGAGUUCUACCUGCGACGCCUGGACGCGGGCCUCUUCGUCCUCCAGCACAUCUGCUACAUCAUGGCAGAGAUCUGCAAUGCCAACGUCCCCCAGAUCCGCCAGCGGGUGCACCAGAUCCUGAACAUGCGCGGCAGCUCCGGCAAGAUCAUCCGGCACAUCAUCAAGGAGUACGCCGAGAACAUCGGGGACAGCCGCAGCCCGGAGUUCCAGGAGAACGAGCAGAAGCGCAUCCUGGGCCUGCUGGAGAACUUCUGAGACCCCGGUCCGCCCUGCCUGUGUGCUCUUGGACAAAUUAAAGCUAGUUUUGCUA